AUGGUCAAAUAUGUUAAUUCAUGGUAUUUAACGAAAUUAAAUACAGAUAAUUAUGAAGUUUUGAUGCUAAUAUAUCAAGUUUUAAUGGAUUUUGUAAAGAAUUUGAGUAAUAGAAUAAAUAAGACAUUGAAGAGUGAAGUUGAAUUAUUCAAUAUAGUGGAUGAAUUGAGUUCAGUUAUAAAUAAUCAUCUCCUAGACUUGGCGAGUGAAGAUAGUCAAUAUGAUUUGAAGAUAUUUGCUGAUUAUUACAAAGAAGCUAAUACAAGAAACAGCUUUAAACAAACCCCACAAGCUGAUUUAGAAACCAUCUUGGAUGAAUAUUUAUGUCUGAACCAUGUAUUGUUUGAAUUGAAAGAUGACCCAUUGAUGUAUUUCAGAGUUUUGGUGAAGAAUUUACUUGAGAUAAUAUAUUCCAAUGAUUCAGCGGUGAAUCCGUUAUCCUCUACUAUAAUUACAAAUUUAGUGGUUGUAAUAGUUGGUGAUUUGGUUUUAGCAUUAGUGUUGGAGAAAUUAUCUUCUCCAGAAUUCAUUUUAAAGGAUAUCAUAAGUAACGUGGUUGAUAUUAUUACUGCAACACUUGACGAAAAGAAAGUAGCUAAAGAAGAAAGUGAUGAGGUUACAUUAUCUUAUUAUGAAAGGUUUCAAUUAGUAAUAACGAUGUGUUAUUCAAAAGUUAGUAAAUUUGUGUUGACUGCCAAACUGGAAGGUUUACCGUUGUCUAACACAGUUUCUGAAAACGAAUCCAAUGAGAUCAACGUUGAUGUUUUUGAAAAUUCAAUAUUUAAAUUGAUGGACACCAUUACCAAUUUUUCAUUCCGAAAACCAUUGGUUUCCAAUUUCAUAUCAUUUAUAAUGGGUCUGCUUCGAUUAAACUCAUGGAUUUACUAUAAGCUUAGUUCAUUAAGUUCAAGCUUUGUCAUGAAGAAAUUGAUCAGUGCUCCUUUCUUAGGGGAAGAAGGACUCAGUAAUAUCAUAUCAUCAUUAAGACUUUCAUUGUUCUAUAGAGAUAAUAAUCAACCUUCAACUGAGUCUUUAGAUGAGGAAUUAGAUACACUUACCUUGGAUCAGUUGACCGAUUCAAUCUUUAAUUUAAUUAAUGAAAAGAUUCCAGGUGCAUUUGCCAAUAGUUACAUACAGGGAAAGAGUCCAAUACUCAGCCUAACUAAUGAAAAUGAGACCGAUUUAAAGCAUAGAAUCAGGCGCAUGUUAAUUAUAUUUAAUUAUCAAAUCUCAAAUACCAAUAAUAAUAAUGAGUUCAAUGAAACCUGUGAGCUUAAUAAGCUAUUAAUGAUUAAGUUAAUAGAUUGUAUAGUUAGAAACUUAUAUCCUGAAUUAGUUUAA